CCUUAGUCACUUAAACUCUUUCUAUAUUUUGACGAUUCUCUCAGACUUUGAAGCCGUCAUGGCUUCUCCGCAGCUCGACACUCUGGGGAGGAUUUUUACAGAUAUCCGUAGCAAGCAUGAGGAAAUACGACAGAAGGCGACAAAUGAUUUGAAGAUACACUUAGAGGUUGUUUCUCGAGAGCAUUCAAGCGAGGGGUUUGCCCGGUACUAUGCGGAGGUGAAUCGGCGAGUCUCGGAAUUUAUCCACAGCAAUGAUAGCGUCGACAAGAUUGGAGGAAUCCUUGCUUUGGGUGUACUCAUUGAUGUCGACCAUGACGAUAGCACACAGAAGACUACACGAUAUGCCAACUAUUUGCGCAGCAUCAUGCGCGGAAAUGACAACCACUGCAUGGUUCUUGCCGCGAAGACUCUGGGACAGCUUGCUGCCCCUGGAGGAACCUUAACUUCAGAGUUGGUAGAGAGCGAGGUGAAACAAGCGUUAGAGUGGCUGCAGGUUGACAGACAGGAAAAUCGACGGUUUGCUUCAGUGCUGUUGUUGAGGGAACUAGCCAGAAGCUCACCUACCCUUAUCUACGGUUUCCUCAGUCAAAUAUUGGACUUAAUAUGGGUGGCUUUACGGGACCCAAAGGUCCUUAUUCGGGAAACUGCCGCGGAAGCCUUGGGUGUUUGCCUCGGGAUUAUGAAAAACCGCGACCAGAAGAACCGCGAUCAAUGGUACGCAAAGAUUUUGGAAGAGGCGAGAUCAGGGUUGAGAAUAAGCACCACCGAUGCCACUCACGGGAGUCUUUUAAUAUUUUCACAGUUACUCGACACCGCUGGGAUGUUCAUGGGCGCAAGUUAUAGGGAAACUUGUGAUAUUGUCUUGCGACUAAAAGAUAACCGGGAUCAUGGGAUAAGAAAACUGACUGUGAAGAUGAUUCCCUGUUUGGCCAAAUAUAACCCAGUGGAAUUCGUCAAUUCUUAUCUCCAUAAGUUCAUGAUGCAUCUGCAAACACAGCUUAAGAAGAAAGACUCCGAGGACAGAGGGGCAGCAUACAAGGCCAUCGGAGACGUAGCUUUGGCUGUUGGCAGCAGUAUGGGGCCGUACCUCGAUCACAUACUGACAAGCAUCAAAGAUGGUUUAACGAUGAAAGGGUAUUUUUGGUUCUUACAUCCUGCCUCAUCCUGCAUCAGUAUGUUAGCAACUGCAGUUGGUCAGGCUUUGACGAAGCACAUGCACGACCUCUUAGACCUCAUAUUUGCUUGCGGUCUGAGUGUAAAGCUUACGCAAGCCCUGGUCGAUCUCUCCCACUACCUCCCCCCUUUACUGCCGACAAUCCAGGAGAGACUCCUUAAUAUGAUCAGCAUGGUUCUCUGUGGACGAUCUUUCAAGCCUCUAGGGAGCCCUACACCGCCUCAGGCUCCCUCAACCGCUGCCGGAAAGCAAUACAGAGAUGGGCAAACCCCAGAGGAAAGGGAUGCAGAAAUCACUCUUGCUCUGCAUACCUUGGGAAGCUUUGAUUUUACUAACCACAUUUUGAAUGAGUUCGUUCGUGACAUUGCGAUGAAAUACGUCGAAGACGACAAUACAGAGGUCCGCAAAGCAGCAGCAUUAACUUGCUGUCAACUUUUUGUCCGCGAUCCCAUAUGCUUCCAGACUAGUAAUCACGCAAUUCAGGUCGUUGGCGAAGUGAUGGAGAAGUUAUUGACGGUAGCGAUUGCUGAUCCAGAUCCGGAUAUCCGAAAGACUGUUUUGCUUUCUUUAGAUGCCCGGUUUGAUAGACAUCUCGCCAAGGCCGAGAACGUUCGUUCCUUGUUCUUGGCUCUAAAUGACGAGAUUUUUGCGAUCCGAGAAGCCGCAAUUACUAUUAUCGGCAGGCUCACACUCCACAACCCUGCCUACGUUAUACCAUCCCUUAGAAAGACCCUGAUACAACUCCUCACGGAGUUGGAAUAUUCGAGCGUCCCCCGCAACAAGGAGGAGAGUGCUAGACUCCUUAGUCACCUUGUAGCGGCGUCUCAGAAGCUUAUCCGGCCAUAUGUAGAGCCGAUGGUCACUGUUCUCCUUCCAAAAGCGAGAGAUCCAAGCGCAGGUGUGGCGUCAAGUAUCUUGACAGCUCUAGGAGAGCUUGCUACUGUUGGUGGAGAGGAUAUGGUACCAUAUAUACCUGAACUGAUGCCUUUAAUCAUCGAGACACUUCAAGAUCAAAGCUCUCCGACCAAACGGGAUGCAGCUCUCAGAACCCUAGGGCAGUUGGCGAGCAACUCCGGAUAUGUUAUUGAACCAUAUGUUCAAUACCCACAGCUUCUCACCAUCUUAGUCGGUAUCGUGAAGACUGAGCAGAACACCACUCUGCGAAAAGAGACGAUCAAGUUGAUGGGUAUUCUUGGAGCGUUGGAUCCCUAUAAACAUCAGACUGUUGAGAGAAGCUCGGAGAUACACCUAUCAGAUCAGGCCACUGCAGUUACCGAUGUUUCCUUGAUUAUGACGGGCCUUACCCCUUCGAAUGAAGAGUACUACUCCACUGUGGUUAUUAAUUCGUUGAUGAAUAUGCUUAAGGAUCCCUCACUCGGGCAGCACCACUCAUCUGUUAUUGACGCUAUCAUGAAUAUUUUCAAAACUCUAGGACUAAAAUGUGUUCCAUUUCUCGGACAAAUUAUCCCCGGCUUCAUCGCGGUUACGCGGGCUUGCCCGACUAGCAAACUGGACCCGUACUUCAAUCAGUUAAGUAUUUUAGUCUCCAUUGUCAAGCAACAUAUCCGAAACUUCCUCCCCAGCAUCCUCGCACUUAUUAGGGACUAUUGGGAGUCGGCAUCGGGAUUGCAACCUACUAUCCUCCAGCUUGUUGAGGCCAUCGCGCAUUCCCUAGAGGGGGAAUUCAAAGUGUAUCUUGCGCAACUUCUCCCACUCAUGCUCAAAGUUUUAGAGACAGCAGAUCCCAGCCGCCCUGGCCCAUCAGAGAAGGUGCUCCAUGCCUUUGUCGUAUUUGGUUCAAGCAGUGAGGAAUAUAUGCAUCUCAUCUUGCCCGUGGUUGUCCGAAUGUUCGAAAAGCCUGGGCACCGGAUUCAAACCAGGAAAAAUCGUGCAUCCAUUAUCGAGGGAAAUCAGACAGGUAACCAUGAGCUAAAAAUGACAGCUCUCGAUACUCUGUGCGCUCUUGUGUUCCAACUUGGGCACGAUUAUGCUCAUUUCAUUCCAAUGAUUAACAAAAUUUUACAAGUGAACAAGAUACAGCACACUAAUUAUGAACUUCUUGUGAGCAAACUACUGAAGGGAGAGCCGUUGCCACAAGACUUGAGCCCCGACGAGAUGUAUGUAUAUUAUAGCCCCCCUGUAUCUUUCGCAGACUUUGGACCAAAGAAGUUACCAGUAAACCAGCAGCAUCUGAAAAACGCUUGGGAGGCAUCGCAACGCUCGACUCGCGAGGAUUGGCAGGAGUGGAUCCGUCGAUUUAGUGUGGAGCUUUUGAAGCAAUCACCAUCUCAUGCCCUGAGGGCAUGCGCUGGACUGGCAGGGGCAUAUUAUCCCCUGGCCAGAGAUCUUUUUAACGCUGCAUUUGUGUCAUGUUGGACUGAGUUAUAUGAUCAAUACCAGGAAGAAUUGGUUCGGUCCAUUGAAACUGCCCUUGUUUCGCCUCACAUUCCACCUGAGAUCUUGCAAAUCCUCCUGAAUCUUGCGGAGUUUAUGGAGCACGAUGACAAAGCCUUACCCAUCGACAUAAGGACUCUCGGGAUGUACGCGGCCAAGUGUCAUGCAUAUGCAAAAGCCCUGCAUUAUAAAGAAUUAGAAUUCCUUCAAGAGCCUCAAUCAAGCGUUAUUGAGGCGCUCAUUAGUAUCAAUAAUCAACUGCAGCAGUCGGACGCGGCGAUAGGUAUUCUGCGGCGAGCUCAGCUAUAUAAUGACGUCCCCCUGCGUGAAUCGUGGUUCGAGAAGCUGCAACGUUGGGAAGAGGCCCUGAAAGCUUACCAGGAGAAGGAAGCAACUGAACCUAAUUCUUUUGAGAUAACCAUGGGUAAAAUGAGAUGUCUCCAUGCUCUCGGUGAAUGGGAUCAUCUCUCUCAACUUGCCCAGGAUAAGUGGCGGCAUGCGGGCCGUGAUGUCCAACGCUUGAUUGCUCCUCUUGCUGCUGCGGCGGCCUGGGGGCUGGGGCAAUGGGAGUUGAUGGAUGAAUACAUUAUGGUAAUGAAGGAACACUCGCCGGAUAGGAGUUUCUUUGGUGCGAUUCUCGCACUGCAUAGGAAUCAAUUCGAGGAUGCUGCGAAACACAUAGAAAAGGCUAGAGAGGGUUUAGAUACGGAGUUGAGCGCCCUGGUUGGCGAGAGCUACAACCGGGCAUACAGUGUGAUUGUUCGGGUUCAAAUGUUGGCGGAACUUGAGGAGAUUAUAACUUACAAGCAGAACACCAACCAGCCGGAGAAGCAGGAGACCAUGAGGCGCACGUGGACCAAGCGCCUCAAGGGGUGUCAGCGGAACGUAGAAGUCUGGCAACGAAUGCUAAAAGUACGGGCUCUCGUGAUCUCGCCGAAGGAGAACAUGGACAUGUGGAUAAAGUUCUCGAAUCUAUGCCGAAAGUCGGGGAGGAUAGGGCUCGCCGAAAAGUCCUUGAAUUCAUUACUUCCACAGAACGAGAGCAUUGGGUCGAUAUCAGGCACUUCUGUUCCUCCACAAGUCACUUAUGCACGCUUGAAAUUUAUGUGGGCUACCGGACAGCAGGAGGAGGCUAUCCAGCACUUGUUUGAUUUCACAGAUUCCCUAUCCCAUGACUUAAGAGUCAACAUGACAAAUGGUCACUCCCACGGCCCUCAGCAAACGAUGACAAUAGCAAUUGAUGAUGAGCAUACGCGCCUUCUUGCUAGAUGUUAUCUUAAGCAGGGCGAAUGGCAAGUAGCAUUGCAUAAGAGUUGGCAUGCUGAGCCACGGACCUCUUCUAGAAUCUUGGACUCUUACCAAAAAGCAACUUACUUCCACAAGGACUGGUACAAAGCAUGGCACGCUUGGGCACUAGCAAAUUUUGAGGUGGUGACAGCAGCGUCUAUACCAGAAGGACGGGAAAAUGGCCGCCUAAAUUCAGAAAUGAUACAAAGCCACGUGAUUCCUGCCGUCAGCGGAUUCUUCCGUUCGAUUGCUCUUUCAGCUGGAAGCUCUCUUCAAGACACUCUUAGACUACUCACCCUAUGGUUUGCGCAUGGCGGCAACCCGGAAGUCAAUAUGGCUGUCACCGAUGGUUUCAACACUGUUAGCGUGGAUACUUGGUUGGAAGUCAUCCCACAGCUGAUUGCCAGGAUCAACCAACCUGACUCGACAGUGAGACAUUCCAUUCAUCAGCUUCUUGCUGAGGUCGGGAGGGCGCAUCCUCAAGCUUUAGUAUACCCAUUGACUGUUGCGGCAAAGUCGCAUUUCUCAAGACGUCAGAAGUCAGCCGCCCAGAUUAUGGACAGCAUGAAAGCACAUAGCCCGAAACUAGUCGAGCAAGCAGAGAUAGUUAGUCAAGAGCUUAUCCGAGUCGCAGUCUUAUGGCAUGAGCUUUGGCAUGAAGGACUUGAAGAAGCUUCUAGACUGUACUUUGGAGAUCACAAUAUUGAGAUGAUGUUUAAAACACUCGAACCACUCCAUGAUAUGUUGGAACGGGGACCUGAAACACUGCGAGAGAUCUCAUUCCACCAGGCGUUUGGUAGAGAUCUUCACGAGGCUAAAGAGUGCUGUUCUGCCUACAAACGAACCGGGGAAGUUGGGGAUCUUAAUCAGGCGUGGGAUCUAUACUACCAGGUAUUCCGUAAGAUUACCAAACAAUUACCGCAACUCAACUCUUUGGACCUCCAAUAUGUAUCGCCUAAGUUACUAGGGGCCCUUGAGCUUGACUUAGCCGUACCUGGCACAUAUGCGACCGGCAAACCUGUCGUGAGGAUCAUGAGCUUCGAUCCGACUUUUAGUGUCAUCUCAUCCAAGCAGAGGCCCAGAAAGUUGACCAUUAAGGGAAGUGAUGGCAACCCUUAUCAAUAUGCCUUGAAGGGACACGAAGAUAUCCGCCAGGAUGAGCGUGUUAUGCAGCUUUUCGGUCUCGUAAAUACCUUGUUGUCCGUGGAUUCCGAGUGUUUCAAGAGGCAUCUCAAUAUACAACAAUACCCGGUCAUCCCGCUAUCGCAAAAUUCAGGCCUACUUGGAUGGGUCCCCAAUAGCGACACCCUACAUGUGUUGAUCAGAGAAUAUCGGGACAGUCGGAAGAUUCUUUUGAACAUUGAGCAUAGAAUCAUGUUGCAGAUGGCCCCCGACUAUGACAACUUGACACUUAUGCAAAAAGUUGAGGUUUUCGGGUACGCUUUAGACAAUACUACUGGACAAGAUCUUUACCGAGUCUUAUGGUUGAAGAGCAAGAGCUCUGAAGCCUGGCUUGAUCGCCGCACAAACUACACUAGGUCCUUGGGCGUAAUGUCUAUGGUUGGAUACAUUCUUGGGCUUGGCGAUAGACACCCGUCCAAUCUAAUGCUUGACCGUGUUACUGGGAAAGUCGUCCACAUCGAUUUCGGAGAUUGUUUUGAGGUCGCCAUGCACCGCGAGAAAUAUCCUGAGAAAGUGCCUUUUAGACUUACGCGCAUGUUGACCUAUGCUAUGGAGGUCAGUAACAUCGAAGGUAGCUUUAGGACAACGUGCGAAGCCGUCAUGAAAGUGCUUCGAGAAAAUAAGGAAUCCCUCAUGGCAGUUCUAGAAGCCUUUAUGCACGACCCGUUAAUGCACUGGCGCCUCGGAACGAAAGAGAGUCCAGCGGAAAUCGGGCCGGCAGGUAUGCCAGGAGAAAACGGCAGGCGUCGUAGUAUUGUUGCUACACUAGAUCACCCAGAAUUGCUCCGACUUCGGAACGAUUCUUCAGAUGGAGAUGAAAACGACUCCUCAAGAAAGCCCGAGGCGCAGAACGAACGCGCCCUGCAAGUGCUCGAGCGCGUCAAGGCCAAAUUAACAGGAACCGACUUCAAACCCGGCGAGGAACUUGAGAUCUCCAAACAGGUGGCGAGGUUAAUCGAUCAGGCUACAAACCUGGAAAACCUUUGCCAGCACUAUAUCGGUUGGUGCUCGUUCUGGUAGUUCUUCUUGUUCUCCUUUUUUCGCCCCCGUGAAGGACUUAGUUUAUCGGGGCCUUGAAUCUUUUUUUACGAAUCUUUUUCAGACAACUAUUCCCCUUUCUGCGCCUCUUUUUACCUUUUCUCUUUUGCCUUUUCAUUUAUAUUUUCUUUGUGGCGAUUCAUUCCUCGGCGAUAUUGUGCGUAGGGACUUUUCAUGGGAAGGAGGGAGGAGGUGGGAGGACACUUAUAAUUCUUGCUUUUACCGUAGUAUAUCGUGGCGUAGUGACAUUGGAAUGCGCAGUAUACCGUAUUUUGUACGAGUAAUCACGAUAUUGUAGCCUUUGAGAGAUAUUGUUUCCUGGGACGAUUCUCAUAAUUCAGUCAACCGCAGUCAUCAUUAUCACUUAUAACAUACAGUAUUCCACCUCAUAGCUAGCGCCCCUCAUGAUGGGCCAUCUACCCAAAUACUAGCCACUACCCGAGCAUUCAAAUUCCGACUAAAGUUCAGCCAAUCACUUUGCCCAAGCCUGCAGAUGGCUCACUAUGGCGUGGAAUACGUCCUUUCCCCCUCAUUUCUUCCUUCAAUCCCCACACCAUACCCCAGUACAAUACUACCAUACCUCAGUACAAUACUCGAGUACAUACCAGGAACUCAAGCUCGUCAUCUCCCUCCCCGCUCAUUUAAUCCCCUCCCGCCUCCCCCGAAUAUUCCCCAACAUAGACAUAGCUCUGGGACGGACAACAACAACUCAUGGUUGGCGACGCAACCGAUCGCGCAACAACCGCAAUCUCCCCAGGCAACCAACCCCCAUUAUCCCAACCAAAAGGGGUCGAUCGAUAGUCUACUAAUUACGAUAGAAGAAAGUGGGAAGAAAAGGAUACAGUAGCCGACCCCACAGUCCUAAUUAGAGGAGGAGGAAGGUUGGAAUAAGUUUUCGCCAAGAUACCCUGCGGGGUACCAAAUCAUGGGAAUACGUACUGUACAGUACCUACUUUUGCAUGUCGGUGUUAUUGUAACGAUGUGUGUAAGACAAUCGGCUCUGUUAUAUAGUUUUACCUUACUAUUGAUACCGUACUACUUGUAUCAUACUCUUAUUCGUGAAAGAUUUCGGGUAUCAUACGUACUAGAUCGGUAUGAUAGACAAGGUGAAGGCGCGAAAAAAUACCGGCAGAAGAAAAAAAGUCUUCUACCGGCAAGUUAGUCGGGGUUUGGGGAGGGGU